AUGGCACGUGAGAUUGUGAAGCCCUUGUGGACCUUGUUUUCUGCAAUUUUUUUAAUUUAUUUGGUUAAUGGGGCAGCACAACCACAAGUUCCUUGUUACUUCAUAUUUGGAGACUCAUUAUCCGACAAUGGAAACAACAAUCCCCUCCUCACUUUGGCCAAAGCCAAUUUUCCACCCUAUGGCAUUGAUUUUCCAAGGGGUCCAACUGGAAGGUUUUCCAAUGGACGUAAUUUGGUCGAUGCGGUUGCUGAACUACUAGGUUUGGAUAAUUACAUUCCACCUUUUGCAACUGCAAGAGGAAUGGAAUUACUCAAAGGCGUCAAUUAUGCAUCUGGCUCAGCUGGUAUCCGCAACGAAACUGGAAGACAAACGGGACAGAUAAUAAGCAUGGAUAUGCAGUUGCAAAAUCAUCAAAGCAUAGUGAAACAGAUAGCUUCUUUUUGGGGAAAUAAUGACUCGUCAGCUGAGGAGUACUUAGGCAAAUGCAUAUAUACAGUUGGAAUGGGCACCAAUGAUUACAUUCUCAACUACUUUGUUUCCCUGUCCAGCACUAGCCUCCAAUACACACCAGAUCAAUAUGCAAGAGUACUCGUUGAACAAUAUUCUCAGCAAUUAAGAACGUUGUACAACUUUGGGGCAAGAAAGAUAGUUCUCUUCGGGCUAGGUCCUUUAGGCUCCAUACCUUAUGAAGUGGCUGCGUGUGGCACAAAAGGCUCUUCUUGCGUUUCUUAUAUCAACAAUGCAGUUCAAAUUUUCAACUGGAGGCUUAUAUCACUUGUCCAAGAACUCAACAGCAAUCUAAGAAAUGCCAAGUUUAUUUACAUAGACUAUUAUGGGAUUGGAUCAUCAUAUGCUUUAUCUCAGGGUUCUCUGAUUUCUAACGUCUCAUGUUGUGAAGUGAAAGGCGGCGCAUGCAUUGCUUUUCAAAUCCCAUGCAGGAACAGAACCCAGUACAUCUUUUGGGAUGGUAUACAUCCUACAGAGGCAACAAAUGUUGUUAUAGCAGCAAGAGCAUACAAAGCUAAGUUUCUUACUGAUGCUUUUCCCUACGACAUCAACCGCUUAGCUCAACCAUCCUAA